UGCUUCUUUCUCUUUAUUCACAUGUAAGCCUGGACAUUUAUACACAUGAGUGAAUAAAGCAUUUUGCUAAGGUACCCUCAGGAUAAUUGUAGUGGCCAUUUCUUCUUAUUUUGUUGAGAAAUUGCAAUAUGUUUCUCACUUCCGCCAUGCGUCAAACUCUGCGCAGAUAGCUAAAAGUGAGCCACGUGCAGAGUGAAAAUGGCGGCGGCCAGUAAGGAUUAGCAUUGCGAUAAAGAUCAAGGUGUAGUUGUCACAUACUUCACCACCGAUUUUGAUUUCUAGCUUCCGUCAGCGACUGCCAUUUUGCUCUGAUCCAAGAUGAAAGAUAUUCCAGCAAACUAUACCAGUGCAUUGGUCCCUUUUGCUGCCCCCUCCCUGGACUGCCUGGAGAAUGGAAGAAACAGUGCAAAUGAGGACCCGUCACAAUCGUGUAUUUUGUCUGGUGUUAUGAAAAGUGGCAGAUUAGCCUGGAUCGCAAGAGGAGAUGCCUUGGAAGUCGUGAACAUUGCCACAGGAGCCAGAAAGGCGGCUUGGAAGUUUGGUGCUCUUCUUCAAGAAGAAAGAAGUCCCACGAUCACCUGCGUAGCAGAAUACAGCUUUGCUAAUGCUCCAAAGCUUCUGAUUGGUUUAGAAACAGGGGUGCAUGCUGGGAUGCUGUGCAUGUUCGACGUUAAGACAUCCAAAGUUGUGAAAGCUGUGGACUUCAUGCACAAGGUGACAGCAGUAGAACCAGUUACCAAUGUCCUUGCCACCGAGGCCCCCCUGCAAGUGCUGUCGGAACACCUUAGGUGUUUCUGUGGAGUGGUUGCCAUAGGAACCCAAUAUGGCCACCUGUAUUUGAUUGAUAUGUGUCUUGAUGAUUCACAUGAUGAUUCUGAUGAGCUUCUGCCGCAUGCGCUGCAUGUGUUUACAACCAAGGCACGUGACGUGAUGAGACGCAGAGAUGAUGCACUGACAAGAGGAAAGAUUCUGGCGCUACAUCUCAAUAAUAAUGCUCAAGUCAGAGGGACAUUCCAAUAUGUCCAACCUGAUGGAGAGUUGCUAGAGUCCUACAUUGCAGAGGAGGUAUUUGUGACCAGCCUGAAGUUUGUUCACCCUAUAGGUACUCUGAUCGUGGGAUUUAACUUUGGUUGUUUCCAGAUGUGGAGGCUUUAUGAACCUGUACUAGAUUUUAGCUCCAAGUUAGACAUUGACGAUGUGUGCCCCAUAACACACUUUGCCUACCAAGAACCAGAAAAUGAUCCACGGAACUUCUGCUACCUUUGGGUUGCAAGAGGACCUCUGCCGUCUGAUGCAGGGCAGGACAUUGUCAGUACAGUCCAGCUAUAUCAGCUCUCCUUUCAGCGUAGGAUAUGGUAUGACAGUUAUGGGGUGCUUUAUGAGGACUUGUUAUCUGUGGGAGUUAGACUAGAACACGAGCUGCUUACGACCAACCUAAGUGCCUACCACGAGAAUGUGGGGAGUCGUGUGAUCUCAUGUUUCACUGUGGAGAACCAAAGAUAUCAGAGGCCUCCCAGGAUAGAGACUGAGGACUCCUUUGAUGAAGGUGCUCAUGGACCAGACCUUAGUCUGUGUCUAUUUGCCUGGGAGGUGACGUCCUCGGCAGACCCCAGCAAGACCACCUGUUAUCUGGGACUCUUUGACAUGAACCGCUGGUACCAUGCCCAGAUGCCUGUGGCUGUCAGAUAUUCUUCCGCCCACCCAAACUUGUGUGCAUUUUUUGGCAUGUUUUCUCUAGACAAUGUUGUCAAGGUUACUGAGCCAGAUGACAUUUUGGCUGUCCAUGUGGACUGGGACACAGUAACUCGCUACCUCUCCCACUAUGUACCUCCGCCAGAGCUGCAGUUCUUCCCCUCUUCUCUAGCCUUCAGUGCAACUUGUGUGACAGAGACAGGAGUGAUCCAAGCAAGAUUCCUAGGAAUUCAGAGACAGGUAGGGAACAUGACAUACAUUUUGGAAAAUUCAUAA